AUGUCCAGCGGGAAGGAGGCUGGGGGGGUUCAUCCCUACCAACCACAGCAGCACGCACAGUACGUGGGGCCCUACCGCCUGGAAAAGACCCUGGGUAAAGGCCAGACAGGCCUGGUAAAGCUGGGUGUCCACUGCAUCACCGGCCAGAAAGUCGCCAUCAAGAUCGUCAACCGGGAGAAGCUCUCUGAGUCGGUGCUGAUGAAGGUGGAGCGGGAGAUCGCCAUCCUCAAGCUGAUUGAGCAUCCCCAUGUCCUCAAGCUGCAUGACGUCUAUGAGAAUAAGAAAUAUUUAUACCUGGUGCUGGAGCAUGUGUCAGGAGGGGAGCUCUUCGACUACCUGGUGAAGAAGGGACGUCUUACCCCCAAGGAGGCACGCAAGUUCUUCCGACAGAUUGUCUCUGCCCUGGACUUUUGCCACAGCUACUCCAUAUGCCACCGAGAUCUGAAGCCAGAGAACCUGUUGCUGGACGAGAAGAACAACAUCCGCAUUGCUGACUUUGGCAUGGCCUCCCUGCAGGUUGGCGACAACCUCCUGGAGACCAGCUGUGGGUCUCCCCACUAUGCAUGUCCUGAGGUGAUCAAGGGGGAGAAGUAUGACGGGCGCCGUGCUGACAUGUGGAGCUGUGGGGUCAUCCUCUUUGCCCUGCUGGUGGGGGCGCUGCCCUUUGACGAUGACAACCUGCGCCAGCUGCUGGAGAAGGUCAAGCGAGGUAUCUUCCAUAUGCCCCACUUCAUCCCGCCUGACUGCCAGAACCUGCUGCGUGGCAUGAUCGAGGUGGAGCCUGAGAAACGCCUUAGCCUGGAGCAGAUCCAGAAGCAUCCCUGGUUCCUGGGGGGCAAGAAGGAGCCAGAGCCGGAGCAGCCAGUGCCACGGAAGGUGGCCAUCGGACGCAUCCACUCGGCCAGUGAGCUGGACCCAGAUGUUCUGGAGAGCAUGCACUCACUGGGCUGCUUCCGGGACCGUGUCCGCCUCCAGCAGGAGCUGCAGAUCGAGGGGGAGAAUCAGGAGAAGAUGAUCUACUACCUACUGCUGGAUCGCAAGGAGCGCUACCCAAGCUGUGAGGACGAGGACUUGCCCCCCCGUAAUGACAUUGACCCUCCACGGAAGCGGGUUGACUCCCCGAUGCUGACCCGCCAUGGGAAGCGGCGGCCAGAGCGCAAGUCCAUGGAGGUCCUGAGUGUCACGGAUGGGGGCUCCCCUGUGCCAGCCCGGCGGGCCAUUGAGAUGGCCCAGCACAGUCAGAGGUCUCGCUCUGUCAGCGGUGCCUCCACUGGCCUCUCCUCCAGCCCACUCAGCAGCCCCAGGGUGAUCCCCACGCCAGAGGAGAUGUCGAGCCUGACGCCGGAAUCAUCCCCAGAGCUAGCCAAGAAGUCCUGGUUUGGGAACUUCAUGUCGCUGGACAAGGAGGAGCAGAUCUUUGUGGUGAUCCGGGACAAGCCCCUCAGCUCCAUCAAGGCUGACAUUGUUCACGCCUUCCUCUCGAUCCCCAGCCUGAGCCACAGCGUGGUGUCUCAGACCAGCUUCCGGGCUGAGUACAAGGCAUCGGGCGGCCCAGCCGUGUUCCAGAAGCCCGUCAAGUUCCAGGUGGACAUCAGCUACUCGGAGGGCGCCGAGGCCCACAAGGAUGGGGGACUCUACUCCGUCACCUUCACCCUCCUCUCAGGUCCUAGCCGCCGGUUCAAGCGGGUCGUGGAAACGAUCCAAGCUCAGCUGCUGAGCACGCAUGACCAGCCCUCAGUGCAGGCCCUUGCUGACGAGAAGAACGGGCAGCCCCGUGUACCCAGCACGCCCACACGCAGCUCCCAUGCCUCACGGCGCUCAGAGCCAGACCUCCCUGACCAGCACCGCCGCGCCUCCUCCAGGGACAAGAAACUCAUGUCAUCCAACGGGACUCAGGCCACCCAGCCCCCACAGCCAUGA